AUGGCUGAAAAGCCCAACAUGCUCACCUCCGCGUGGCGCGACUUCUGGCACACCAUGACCUCCAACGACCGCCAUGCCUCCCACGACUCUCCUUUCCGCACCGGCCAGCAUGUCCCGCUUCCCCAGAGCCGUCAUACGCCGCUCACCUCCGUCGCAACCAGCGCAAUGGAGUCUCGCACCGACUUCAACUCGCCCUACGCCCAGGACGAGCCUUCCGCCAACGGCUUCGUCAACUCGCCCCGCGCCCCAAUGUCCCCUUCGUCUCCAUACUCGCCCGGCAUGCGUUCCAGCAUGGCCCGUCCGCCCGACGAGAACAACCCCACGAUGGACGGUGUCAACUCGGGUGAGAUCCAGAUGCAGAGCUUCAGCGAUGGUCUUCCGCCGCCUCCGCCGGUCGGCCACUCUUGGAAGCGCGUUGACCGGUGGCUUGAGGAUCGCUUUGUGGAGCUUUGGGACAAUAUGUGCGAGGGUGCCACUCACAACGAUGUCAAUGAGCUGGAGCACAUCCUGGACGUUACUCUGCCCGUCGAGGUACGCGAGUCACUUCAGAUCCAUGACGGUCAGGAGCGUGGUGGUCUGCCGACAGGCUUGUUCUUCGGGUGCAUGAUCCUGGACUGCGAAGAGAUAGUCAUGGAAUAUUCCAAUUGGCGCAAGGUCAAUGAGGAUGUCCUCGCCGCCCAGCCCUCUUACCAGGCCCCCCAGGUGCCGAUCAAGGCCGUUGCUGGUCCCUCGUCCUCCCCGGCACCGACCGAUGCGCAAAAGGCCAACAAUCCCAUGUGGAGACAGGACUUGCUCUCGCGUCAGGACUCGCAGCCGCCGAACGCAAUUCAGAAGGUCUAUGCUCACCCCGCCUGGAUCCCUCUCGCCCGCGACUGGGGUGGAAACUGCUUGGCUGUCGAUCUCGCGCCUGGCCCCGCUGGAAAGUGGGGACAGGUCAUCAUUUUCGGUCGCGACUACGACACCAAGUUCGUCGUCGCUCGUUCUUGGGCCGCCUUCCUCGCUCAGUUCGCCGAUGACCUGGUCUCCGACAAGACAUACGUGGAUGAGGAAACCAUGGAAAUGAAACUCAAGAUUUUCGCGAAGCAGAACGUUGAGCCUCCGUACCUUGAAAUUCUCCGCUGGCGUGCCGACCAGAAGUAUGGCCGCAAGCCCAAGAGAAGGCCUCAGAGCACGCUCUCCAUCAACCCCAACGCCCCCCCUGCCUCGAACGGAACCAGCCCGUAUGGUAGCCCUGGCUCUGGUGGUGAAGAUAGGGGUCGCUCGCCUCACAGGCUGAGCAGGAAUGGCACCAGCCCUCGUGUGCCUAUCUCAAGUCCUCUGGCCCGUGUGGCAGAGGAAGCCCCCCCGGCGGUCAAGGUCCACACGGACGAGGAAAAGCUCAUCGAGAUGAACACGCCCCGGCCCAGCUCUGACCUGAACUCCAACAACGCAAGUCAGAAGAACAGCAUGGAGAGCGACAAGGAGAACGGCAGCGAAAAGGGCAAGGGUAAGAGCGUGGUGUCGUCGGAAGAGAUGAAGACUGUCGAGAUAUAA